AUGAGUUGUUGGACAUCGUCGGCCGCUUCAGUGCGAGCCGCUGCACCGCGACUUCUGCGAGCACGAUCCGCAAGCGCUGUCCCAAGACAUUCGGUGGCGGCCAGGAUCUCACCCACCAUAUCGUCGUCGUCUUCUUCUUCAUCCAGGACCAUCUCUUCAUCGGCCUGUCGCUUCGAUGCUGCGACCAUCACGAACUCGGGCAAGUCGGUUUCUGGACAGGACCUCUCCAUUGCAGUGGAUGAAAAUGGCCAGGUUCCAGCAGCACCCUACUCUCCUUUGCCACUCGCUGGCACCUCGCCCUCCUACAAAGUUCAUCUUAUUGUGCACCCAUACGAUCAAGCUCGUCCCGCAGACACAUGGCCGUCUCACCUUGAAUCUGUCUCCCCCUUCCUCUCUGAGCUCGAGAGCCGUGCCAAAAAGGGAGGCAGCCUCGAAGGCUACGGCAUCUCCUUUUCCUCUGGAGAUGCUCGUACCAACUCCACCUCCAGCGAAGGACUGAAGGCAUGGGACCCAACCACCUCACGCAUGAUGCGUUCCGUGCCCAACUCAGCACAAGAGCAGGAGCAGUUUGUCGUCCAUGCCUACACCACCAACGGCACUAUGGCCAAGGUUGGUCCCAUCUCACUCGCCACCCUCGACCAGGGCUCGUCGUUCAGUCAGCGUGUCAACGACGCCCUCGCCGCUGCUCAGCCACAGACCGGUCGCACAAAGCAGGACGACGAGACACAUGUCUACGUCUGCACCCACGGCGCCCGUGAUUGCCGCUGCGGUGUCGCUGGCACCGCCGUCUACCAAGCAUUGAAGGACGAGGUGCGCUCGCACGAGGCAUCAACGAUCAAGGCCGGCAAAGACGCACCGAAGAAGGUCAAGGUCUACUCCAUCAGCCACGUCGGUGGUCACGCUUGGGCAGCCAAUGCGCUCGUCUACCCACACGGCGACUGGUACGGCAACCUUAGGACGACCGACUCGAAGCUUGUCCUGCGAGCUGCACUGUCGCCCGCGAGCUCUGUUCAUGACCUGGAGGAUAUGCGAGAGAGGCUGGUACAUUGGCCAAGGUGGAGAGGCAGACUCGGGCUUAGCAAGGCCGCUCAACGAGACCACUACGCAGAAUGGGGGCCGCCGACGAUCAACACCGCCCAUAUCUCGCCACGCACGCGAGGCCUCGCCACAUCAGCAUCGCGGCCCAGCAUUGCUUCAUUGUCUACGCCCUUCUCAUCGUCUGGCCCCGCCGGCACGUCCGCGAGGACGUACGCUACCGAUGCAUCCGACAGCAAGCAGGCUGACAAAAAGCCAUCGGCACGAAUGACCGCCUUCCGAGAGAAGCUCGCCGCCGAUCUCUCUAUCGACGACUUUGCCGCUGGCGAUGUCACCUCCAUCCUCACCCAAGGUUCCCCUACUGGUCGAGUCCAGAUGGGUCGAACGGGCGAAGCUCGUCUCCCCUCCCAUCUGAAAACCAAGAUCCCCACAGGUGCCAACUACACGCGCAUCAAGUCCGAUCUCCGCGGUCUGGGUCUCUCCACCGUCUGCGAGGAAGCUCGUUGUCCCAACAUCGGCGAGUGCUGGGGUGGUUCUGGCGGUAAAGACACCGCAACAGCAACCAUCAUGAUCAUGGGCGACACGUGUACGCGCGGCUGUCGUUUCUGCGCCGUGAAAACUUCUCGGGCUCCCGCGCCGCUCGACCCGCACGAACCGGAGAAUACGGCGGAAGCCAUCUCGCGCUGGGGUCUCGGCUACAUCGUGCUCACCUCAGUCGACAGGGAUGACAUUGCCGAUGGAGGAGCCAGUCAUAUCGCGAGCACCAUCAGCAAGAUCAAGUACAAGAACCCCAAGAUUCUGGUGGAAGCGCUCGUACCGGACUUCUCGGGAGACACGGCGUGCGUCAAGACGAUCGUGGAUUCGGGGCUGGAUGUGUUUGCGCACAACGUGGAGACGGUGGAGCGCACGACGCCGUUUGUGCGCGAUCGACGGGCAAAGUAUCGCCAGUCCUUGGCAGUGCUGACCCACGCCAAGACGGUGAGUCCGAACCUGAUCACCAAGACAUCGAUCAUGCUGGGUUGCGGCGAACAGGAUGUCGAGGUGGAACAGACGCUCAAGGAUCUACGCGAGGCAAAGGUGGACGUGGUCACUUUCGGUCAGUACAUGCGUCCGACCAAGAGACAUAUGAAGGUCGAGGCGUAUGUCAAGCCGGAUAAGUUUGAGUAUUGGCAGAAGCGAGCGGAGGAAUUGGGCUUUUUGUAUGUCGCCAGUGGUCCGUUGGUUAGGAGCAGUUAUAAGGCUGGAGAGUUUUUCAUCAAGAACGUGCUCGAGGAGCGCAAGAAGGCAAACGCGCCAAUGAUGGACGCUGGGAAGACGGAAAGCGUUCAUACCACCUCGGCUUGA